AUGGAAUGGUUAGAAGAGUUCUCUGAGACCCGGUUACGAGGGGGUCCAAGAGACUUGUCAGAUCACUGCACUAUUAUUGUGGAAGAGCAGCGGAUGCAGGGAGGUCCUCGGCCUUUCCGAGGCCUUGACGCAUGGUUCACACAUGACGACUUUCUCCGGAUGGUCAAGAAGGAAUGGAAGGGAUUAGGGAAGAUGCAAUUCACAGAUAAAUUGAAGGCGCUAGCGGCUCCUUUGAGAAGUUGGCACAAGAACAACUUUGGUGAGAUGGACAAGAAAAUCUUGAAGUUUGAGGAAGAGAUAAAAAAGAUUGAUGACUUGGUAAGUACUGGAGUGUAUGAUGCAACUACGGAGGCUAGAAGGAAGGCGUUAGUCACCUGCUGUGAGAGAUGGUAUGUGAGGAAAGAAAUUCAAUGGAAGCAAAUGUCUCGAUCUUGGCAAGCAAAGGAAAUGGAUAGAAACACAAGAUACUUCCACAAUAUAGCAUUGACAAGAAGGCGGAAUAAUCUGAUUGAUACUCUGGUAGUCAAUGGAAGAAUGGUUAGGAACAAAGCUAGAAUAAAAAUAGCUAUAAAAGAGUUUUAUAAAGAUCUGUAUCAUCAGAAGAGUUCUCCUUUGCUGGGGUUCAGAGAUGGUCUGGUGGCUAAGAUAGCUGAGGAAGAGUCUGUGUCUCUGGAGGCGAUGCCAUCAGCUGAGGAAAUCCGGCAAGCAGUAUGGGAUUGCGAGUCUUCGAAGGCGCCAGGGUGUGAUGGGUUCAACAUGAAUUUUAUUAAGCGGUGCUGA